GCGGUAUCGUCGCGCGUCGUGUGCAUCAUGAUCAUGUGCUGCGAGCUCAUUGGCUGCGGCGGGGCUCGAGUUGGGCAGGGGCGGGACGGGGCGGCCGUGAGGCGGCGGGGAGUGGAGCGUGCGGGCAGUAGCGUUGCUGCUCGGGGACCGCAGUUCCAGCCUGUAACUGUUUCCUGGCCUCCCGUUGGAAUCUGAGGCUCCUGGUUCACGUGUCCUGCAGGAUUUGGUGCUCCCAUCCCUGCCCUCCACCCGGCUGAGCUGGAGCCCUUUGCCUCUGCUCUUUGCAGCCCGGCACCUUAAUGGGAACAGAAGUUGAUCGUGGUUUGAGAUAUUUGUGGAGUUAAAGGAUUUGAACUGCUGCUUAAUAAAACUAGGUCUGAAAUUUGAAGGAUGGCAGCAAAUUCUUCAGGACAAGGUUUCCAGAAUAAAAAUAGGGUUGCAAUCCUGGCAGAACUAGACAAGGAGAAGAGAAAAUUACUUAUGCAAAACCAGUCUUCCACAAAUCACCCUGGAGCCAGCAUUGCGCUUGCAAGAUCACCACUGAACAAGGAUUUCCGUGAUCACGCUGAGCAACAGCACAUCGCAGCACAGCAGAAGGCUGCCCUGCAGCACGCACAUGCACAUUCCUCAGGAUACUUCAUAACUCAAGACUCUGCAUUUGGAAAUCUUAUUCUUCCUGUCUUACCUCGACUUGAGGCCGAAUGAGAAAUGUUGUUUCUUAGAACUGCAAGCUCUGAUUUCUUUGUCCAUAGCAGGAACUAUCUGACCUUUUAAUUUCUUUACUUAUCUUAAAACCUUUUUUUUUUUUUUCUGGAUUUUUAUGUUUGCCUUUCCAGGAGUGUGAGCUCUAGCAAUGAAAAAGCAAUGUUGGUGAACAGGGAUUUCUACCCUAUAUUUCUGUUCCUCUGUCAGGUCAAAGUCAGAUGUAAGACUUCCUAUGGUGUGCAAGGUGCAUAGUGCUUGCUCUUCCCUAUUUCCAUGCUUCCUUUAAAUAAAUGUCCAAACCAGAGUCAUCAAGAGAUUCA